AUGGACUCGCCGACCCACGCAGGAAAUAACUCAGCCAUAUCGGUGGCAUGUCUCAACUGCCGCGACAAACAUCUCAAGUGUGAUGGGAACCCGGAAGGAUGUGGCCGAUGUCGCGAUCUAGCUCUCUUUUGUCAUUUCGUUCCAUCACGUCGUGGACGCAGAGGGCAACCGUACAAAUACCCAUGUAUCGAUGGCAUUGACAGUACACUCGAUGAGGGAGAUUCUAUUCUCAAUAAUGCCUCGCUAAAUAUCUUGACGUCGACCGACCUUUCUCCAAGCUACGUCCCAGAGCCUCAAGGCCCACCACAGAUGAACAAGCAUUUGGUCAAGGUCUUUUUUGAAUAUUUUCAUCCUGCGCACCCGAUAUUGCCGCCGUUUGAUCUAUGGAUCAUGUCUUCACCACCGCAGUAUCUCAUUAACAUUGUGGAGUUCAUUGGAUUGCACCAUAUUUCGCCUGGCCAAGUCCCCGAAUGCUCGAACGAUCUCUGGGCUGCCAUGGACAUUGCUGAGUUGGCUUUGGAGAAGGCGCAGGCGUACCUCCUACUGAGUAUACUUUUUCAUGGUCGCAGAGUCCCCGAGCACGCAAAGGAAUGUAUUGGUCUGGCUAUUCAAUGCAGCUUCAGGCUUGGUCUCCACUGUCGAGAGCUCUCCGACACCGUGGAGAUGCAGAAUCCAUCUCGCUCUGAGAGCAUGAGGCGUACCCUAUGGGAGAUAUUCAUCGUGGACACCAUUCUGGCCGCUUUGCAGGUGGGAGGCGCCCUGCAAUUCAAAAUGGAGAUACCCGACGUAUCAUUGCCGUCUGAAGAUGAAUGUUUCCUGGAUGGCCACUCGGGUCUCUCCUCCAUAUCUGCAAACGAUCUACCUCGCCGCGUAUUGCUAGAUGAUGACCGCAUUUCCUCGCUCGCAUACCGUGUCGAAGCAACUCUCAUCCUUCGACAGUGUUUCAUUGCGUGCGAGAGCCAUGCUCCUGAAGGUACCCUGGAGGUACUUGACUCAACGAUCUCAGCCUGGUUUCACCGGUGGCCGAGUGCAAACAGCACUAUUCUCCAACCGAACGGAAAGGUUAACCAGAUCGACCUCCAGACAGCGAUGAUAAUGCACUGCGCCUGCAUCUACCUUCAUUUUUCAAAAUCCUUUCUGGUCUCCCUCCUCCCAAAUACAAGCGAGCUCUUUUGUUCCAGACCUCCAUCCAUUUCAGCACAUUCAUCCAAACCGCAAAUGCAUACUGCAAAAAUUGUCAACUCGGCUGUGGAACUCUCCAAGCUGGCCUCUCUUUCUACAUGUGUGACUUGCCAUACACCAUUCUUUGCAUGUACUCUCGUUUUGAGCUCUAUUGUACAGGUCGCUGUUCUGACUGCCCCUGUUGGCCUGCCAUUUGGGAUGCACUAUUCUUACCUGGCAUUGAAUAUCGGGGUAUUGAAAUCCAUGGGCAACAUCUGGGGCAUCGCAGCUUCUUCUCUGACGAAAUUACGAGCGAUCGCUCGUGAGGUUGAGCAAGCUUCGCAAGAGGCCGGUCACGGACUGAUUGGAUCUGCAUCCCUCCCUCCUUGUCUGCAAAGUUAA